AUCAAACCGGAAGUGUUCAUACAUUUCUAGCGGCGUGUUGUUUAUUAGCCAGCAACAUUGAACUCCCUUUGCUAAACACCACUCAUUUUCAUCCAACUCGUAGUUUGUUUACUAAACACAAGUACUCGAGCAACCCGACUACACUCACAGUGUUCUUCUUCUUCUUCUCCGUCUUGUUAAAUAAACCCAUCUGUCAUAAACCGAGCUAUCCCGUUAGCUCGUCGUAGGUAGUCAGUGUGGACAGCAGGUGGACGCGGAGGUGAUGCUGCAGUUACAGUCUUAAAGUGCACAGCAAUAACAUCAGGACAAGAAGGAGCAUUGAUGGCAGCUCGGCAGCCCUUCACAGACACGGACACGGCCGAUGAAGCAGUGAGGGCGACCUGUGACGAUGCAACAAUCUGCAAAAGGUUUGCUACCAGUAAAAGCUACUGGAAGGACCCUUACAUCCAGUAUUUCGUAAGAUCUGUAGGAGAGCGGAAGGCACCUGAAAUCAAUAGAGGUUACUAUGCUCGCGUUCAAGGAGUUAACCAUCUCCUUGACGCAUUUAUAAGGAAAGCAGAGUGCGACUGUCAAGUCAUCAACCUGGGUGCUGGUCUGGACACAACUUUUUGGAGACUUAAGGAUGAAAACCUCAUGCCACGGAAGUUCUUUGAAGUUGACUUUCCAACAGUUGUGGCCCGAAAAAUACACAAUAUCAAGACAAAACCACCCCUGUCCAAACCUCUCAUUGAAACCCACUCAACAGACUCCUUAUUACUAGACGCUCACAGCCUCGACUCAGACCGCUACUGCAUCAUCGGAGCGGACCUCAGAGACAUCUCCGGUUUGGAUGAAAAGCUGAAGAAGUUCCAGCUGAAUCCAGAAUUACCCACAUUGCUCCUGUCAGAGUGCGUGUUGGUCUACAUGACACCCUCCCAGUCCUCCAAUGUAGUUCACUGGGCCGCAGAAACCUUCCACACCGGCAUGUUCAUCAACUACGAACAGGUGAACAUGAGCGAUCGAUUUGGCCAGGUGAUGAUCGAGAACCUGCAGCGUCGCCAGUGCACCCUGGCAGGAGUGGAGGUCUGCCAGUCUCUAGACUCUCAGAAGGAGCGGUUUCUGAAGACGGGCUGGGAGCAUGCUGAUGCUCUGGACAUGAUGACGGUCUACAGUAUGCUGCCCCAGGAUGAUGUGGCAAGAAUUGAGCGUCUGGAGUUCCUGGAUGAGAGGGAGCUGCUGCAACAACUGCUUCAACACUACAGCAUCAGCUGGGCCACCAAGGACAAACUCAAUCUGGGUCUGUCACAGUUGGCAUUUUGAGUGAGAAACUGCUCCGCUGUUGGACGCGCUUUACAUGUGUGUACGCCAAAAUCAACAACAGGAGAACACGUUGGGAAAAAGGAAGCUCAUAUUCUCCGUCAAGGCCCUCGUCAGGGAGCUGUUCCGGCGUGAAAACAUCAUCAUCAGCAGAAUGCGGUUUGACGAGCGUCCUUUGUAACCCCGUACAUGUCGAAGAUAAGAGAUGAUUAGAUUGAGAACUGUGAAGAGGUUUGUCCCCUAUACACUGGCACUCAGUUAACAACUGUAAACAAAUUAGUUUUAUGAAUUUGCUUCCAGACAUAUUUUGUCUACGCACUUAAACAAAAACAUGAUUUCAAAAUCCAUCUGCUCAACCUGUGUUGGAUAUUAAUGAAAGUAUGACGUUUUCAGAUUUCAUAUAUUUGUCCUUUUUUCUGGUUUUUAUGUGCCAUUUUUGAUUUUUAUUUAUUAAUCAAUUGUACUUCCAGACUCGUUUUCUGACAAAAACAUACAUACGUGCAUGCCUGCGUGCAUGCCUGCGUGCAUGCGAUAGAAAUAGUGUCAAACUGCAAGAAAUGCAUUUACAUUUCAAACCACUGGUUCAUUUAAAACAUUUUCUAACAGCACAGAGGACGUGAUGACAGAUUAGUUUGUGAUAGAUUAUAUUUGAUGAAGGCUGUUCAAGUACAAGUUGAAUAAAAAUGUCUCUUUGUGUAA